AUGGAGACACCCUUCGAAAUUCCAUUCUAUGCAGAUGAUUUGCCUUGCCCUCUUCCCAGUAGCGCCGAAAUUGAGAAUGCUCCGGAUAUCUCUCUGCAAUAUGGAGGGCGAAGAAUCGUUGCAGUGGGUCAGAAUUUCGUCGUGAAAUUUGGACUAGGCGUCAAUCUCAUCGAGGGGGAGAACAUGUUGUUUGUUCGGAAGAAUACAAAUGUUCCUGUCCCACGAGUAUACGCUCUCUAUUCGGACACAAAUACCGGGAACAAUUACAUUGUCAUGGAGCGGAUUAUCGGCCAAUCGCUACUUUCCGCAUGGCCACAGCUCACAACGCUGGAGAAAAAACGCAUUCUGAGCGACCUACAAAGAUCGUUUGAGGAGUUGCGCGACCUUUCAUCUCCAGAUUACUUUGGCAGCUUCGGCAAUCGGCCACUUUUGGACGAGAUAUUUUGGACCCAAAAACCUGAUCCGCUAGUGAAUGGUCCCUUUGCCUCAGAAAUGCACCUCAACGAGGCAAUGAUACGAAAGUACAAAUACAAUGGAGGGCCCCCAUACAGAGCGGAAUACCUUAGGAAAUGUUUACCUCUCGUCUUUAAGGGCCACGAAGCGGUGUUCACUCACGGUGAUCUUCAGCGGAAAAAUAUCAUGGUCUGCGAGAAAAAGAAUCAAGCCGGGGAAGAAGCAAGCUUGGUCAUAAUUGACUGGGAAAAGUCUGGGUGGUAUCCGCGGUAUUGGGAAUACUGUUUGGCUGUUUGUGCUUUACGAUGGGAUGACGAUUGGGCGCUCUGGGUUGAUAGUAUUUUGACGCCAUUUGUCCAUGAGUCUGCAUGGUUACAAACACUUCGCCUGGAGCUGUGGUCAUAG